UCACCCUUUAUGCAUCAUCCUGGUCAAAUUCAAAGGUGAUAGUGAUAAAUAAAAACAAAUUCCUUUCCGAAAACGAUGUUUUAAAAUAAAAUAUAUUCUACAGCAUUUCAACAAGCGAAAAUGCUCUCGCAAUACGUUGAGGAACUAGAACAGGAUCCCUUCGAAGUGGAGGAAUUCAUCGAGCGGCUGUGCUGGCGAACCAACAACGAAAUCGGCUCCGAUCAGUUCGAUCCGGAUCUGCUCUUUGAGACGUUCGUUGAAACCAUCAAGGAUCUGAAAAUCCUACAGGAACGCCAGCAGCGGAAGUGCGACAAGCUGGAGGAAGCGCUGAAGGAAGAGCAGAAAGUGUUUGUGAAAGCGAUCGAUAAAUUUGUCGGUAAACACCAGGUUUCGGUGGAUUACUUUCAUCAGCUGGACGAGAAGAUCAACUCGGUGGCCGGAAAGGUAAUCCAUUUAGGUGAGCAGUUGGAGAAUGUCAACAUUCCGAGAAGUCGUGCCGUCGAAGCUCAGCUGCUGUUGAAUCAUAUGGGAGAUUUUUUGACGCCCGGUCCGAUUGUAAACGAUAUCUACAGCGAUAAAGCGAGAUUGUUCGAGGCUGCGGAUAUCGUGCAGAAGCUGUACAUGAUAUCACAGGAUCUUCCGGCGAGCCGAUUUCUGACGGCUAAGAAGAAAAUCGAGGGCAAAUACGAUGAGAUUGAGAUGCAAUUAAUUGAGGAAUUUGCCACGGCUCAGAAGAUGGAAAGUAUCGAGCGAAUGAAGGAAAUAUCGACUAUUUUGUCUCAGUUUAAAGGCUAUUCGCAGGUGAUAGAUGUCUAUAUUGAACAAAGCCAGGCGGUCACCUAUGGAGGACGGGAUGUAUUCGACGGCAUUGUUCCGCUGUGUCACAAAAACUAUAAAAUCAUAAAACAGGUGUUUAAUUCACCGGAUCAAGUAAUGAGCAAAUUUAUUCUGAACAUUUAUCAGCUUAAGAUUAAUCAGUUUGUGCAGACUAAGCUGGAUGAUAGAAAGGAUGAAAGCAAAUAUCUUAAAUCGUUGUAUGAGUUAUAUUCAAGAACUCUAAAGCUUUCCAAUGAACUACAGGAGUUUAUGAAGGAAUCUGAUGAUGAUCUGCUCCAGAAACUAACAGCCAAUAUUUUCUCAACGCACUUGAGCUCGUACAUCGAGGUGGAAUGUCGCAGCUUGGAUGCCAAAUGUCAAGUUGAACUGAGAAAGUUCUAUGAGAACAAAAAUCACCAGAAAAAGCAGGUGGAACGAUUCCAGGAGCUUCGGAGAGACAUGCAAGCGUUGAUUGGGGCGCGUGCAAACAUCAACAUUGCCCAAAUAGAGGAUUACGGCGGAGAAACUUUUCUCUCAGAAGAACUGGCCAUAAAUCUUCUUCAGCAGUCCUCUUGUUCAUUGGAACGUUGCUGCCUCCUGUCGAGGGAGAUAGACCUACCUAAGCAUAUUCUCAAGAUUGUCGAUAUUUUGUUAAGAUUUCUUCUGCACGAACACGUUGACUACGCAUUGGAUCUGGGCCUACAGGCAAUUCCAAUCGCAGAAUGCAAAUCCAUUCCUCAGAUUUAUUUCUUUGAUGUCGCCCAAAAGUGCAACACCAUCGUGCAUUUGCUGGAGAAAACCUACAAUGCUAGUGUCAUUCCGAAUGUUCUGUCAACGGCGCAGUACGCUGACUGCAUUCAGAAGAAACGGUACUAUUUAGAAUCGAUUGAAAAUAAGAUCGAAACUGGUCUUGAACGAACACUGAAUGCUAUCUUCGGAUGGGUCAAAACAUACCUUCAAAACGAGCAGAAAAAAAGUGACUUUAAACCGGAGAGUGACGUGGACACGGUUGCCUCGAAUGCAUGUCUGUCGGUGGUCCAGUACAUUAAUCCUCUGGUAGCCCUAAUUCAGCGAACGAUCGAUGGUGAAAAUUUAACCGCCGUGAUGAACGAAUUUGGCGUACGCUACCAUCGGGCCAUCUACGAACAUUUGCAGCAGUUCCAGUACAAUACGGCCGGGGCGAUGUGCGCAAUCUGCGAUGUGAACGAGUACCGGAAGAGUGCCCGGGCCCUGCAGGCUCCUCUCGUGACGCAGCUGUUUGAUGUGCUGCAUGCCUUGUGCAAUUUGCUGCUGGUGAAGGUGGAAAAUCUGCAGGAAGUUUGCGGCGGAGAUACGUUGAACUAUCUGGACAAGUCGGUGGUGAUGAACUUUAUCCAACUGCGUAGCGACUACAAAACCAUCAAAAUUACCAAUUCACUCAAGGGGAUCUCCGAUCAGCGGGGUGGGAUUUGAAGGGAAGGAUGGUCCUGUAGUAAGUUGUACUAGUAUUGUAUUUUUUUAUUUUUCUCAAUAAAAUGGUAUAAUCGUGAGUUGAGAUAAACAAUCUCCAAGAACACAGAGAAAUCUAAUAGAUAUUUCUUGGCAGACCUGACCCCUGUAUCAU